AUGCCGGGCCUUAUCCCCUUAAUGCUCAAUCCUGUAGUGGUUGGGAACCGCUCCAACGUCAUCUUUGCGCCGUUGGAUCAAGCAGCAAGUCACUAUUCACGUGGCCAGAGCAGAGGCCACCUGCCUCCGCGUGUUCGCUCACCUCUGUCGCCCUCAUUGCCCCCAAACACACUUACAAUCACACCACAAAAGGCUUCGUUUCCUAAUCCGUCCAAGCCAAAACCCUCAAAGCGUCUGUCACUCUCUUCACCUUCAAAUCAGGACUGGAAGCGGGCUAUUUUUGAGGUAAAACGGCAGCACGCACACCGCAGAUACCGUGCAUGCUUCACACGGUGCAACGAGAUUCUGGUCAACGCGAAAGACGUGUCCGACGUCGAGCCAGCGUAUCUAAUUUCCCUACAUUUCUAUGCUGCGACCGCAAUGGAGGUGUGUGCUCGACCGCUGAGCUCCCCUUCCGCGUACCGUGCCCGCCUCUUGCAGGAGGCACGGGAGCACUACGGCCAAGCCAGCCAUCUUAUUCACGAUGCUGAAGUAUUGGUCCAAUCCAGGGUCCGGGCGAGCUUCACCCUGCCACCCCUAUCAAAUCUACACUCGCCAUCUAGUUCCAUCAGCUCGCGGGUCUGGACAUCAGAGACGGGCUUUUCUUCCCCCACCCCUUCCGUAACCUAUUCGGAAGAUCUGAACGCCGGGCUACACCAGCUGGAGUUUUCGUUACCGCCGAGCCUCUCAUUCUCGCUCGGGCCGGCCAGGAAGAAGGUCUCGUUUGAAUUGCCCGGAAAGGACACGCCUAUAUUUGAGCCUUACAUACGCCCCGAUUCGCCUACUCUGGGUUUCGAUGAGUAUUUUGUCACCGGUUUAGCUCGACAGAAUCUACCAGAAACCCCUAGCUGUUCAAAGAAGUCCAUACCAACUCUACAGCGGGCUAACAACGAGGAUGCUACACCAAGGGCCUCGAAAAACUUUAACCACUUAAGCCAUGGAGUCCUUGACCUAGAGGCUGGAUUUAAUGGCCGCUCUUGCAAGCUUGAUAACUCGGCAAGUCGAUACUGUGCGCAUCUCGCCAAUCUGAAAUGUCGACUUGAACAACACAAGGCAAACUUGGAGGCUGUUAUCGAGACACCGCCCACCGGCGACAACGAUAUUGCAGAAAAUAUUAACCUGGUGCCGCCGGGAGAAGUUGCGCACGGUCUUGACCGGAAAACCCGUAUCGAGCGUCUGCGGAAGCAGGGUUGGCAACGUAAACGCUUUGACCCGAGCCGAUACGAAGCUCUUCGCAAUGCGGCUCUCGCAGAGCUCAUCUAA